ACCAAUAUUGUCUAUAGAAAUGAAAUGUCAUUCUGUCACAUCUCAUGACAACACAACAAUUCAUAAAUAUCAUUUAUUGGUUGUGGAACUAAGAAUUAAGUUUUGUUAUAAAAACUAAAAAAACUUUUAAUUCUAAGCAGAAUGUCAGACGAAGACAUCGAGAAAUGGAUGAAAGAUGGCCGCAACAAAGAUUUACAGGUGUCAACCAGCUGCUCGAGCUUCGAGGUGCUGGACCCGCACGAUCCGGUGAUCAGCCGGCUCGCCACGCAGCUCUUCAAGCGCACCAAUGACUACCUACAAGGAGAAAUGUCUGCGGGACAGGACCACUACAUUUUGCUCGAGCAGAUCAACCGACUCACAAUAACCAAGUAUGCUGACCUUCGCAACCUGGCAGUGAACCUGGGCAAAACGCUUAAUGAGUAUAAUGAAAUAUACAACACUCAAAUCCGGCCGCUGUUGCAGCAGAUAGACGCCAUCGACGCGCAGGUAUCCAAGUUCGAAGCCAGCGCGUACCGCCUUGACGCCUACACCAAGCAGCUCAAACAGCGCUUCAAGGAACUCGAGGACAAGUAGCCAAACUAGACUUCCACCAAUAAACAGCUGCCAGGCGCGCACGCGAACUAGUCUAAUUACAGAUGCGCUAUCGGAAAGUUAAUCAAAUUGUAAACAGCACAUUGAAAAUUUGGGGAAAUCGAAAUAUGCCAAUUUUUCACAUUGAAAAAUUUUCGGUGUAUUUUCGUAUCAUGUGGAUGGAAAUUUUCCGUUUCCAAAAUGAAAGUUUCCUAUGAUAUAUAAUAUAUAUCCUAAUAUUUCCGAGUUUUUUGAAAGAUUCCGCAAGUUCUGUAAGUCUAAUUACGUUGUUCUUGAAAUAGUUGACUUUUUUCCAGGUCCAGUGGACCAUUUUAGUAGGUAUAGUUCGUUUCAUACACGAUGACGCGCAUAAUUGUCAAAUCUAACCUACAAUAACAUGACAUUACGCGUCCAGCAACGCGUCUUCGUGAGUGACACGAUCUAUAGUCCAGUAAGAACACCGCAUUAUGAAGCGUUUAUGAAAAUCAAAUCACAAAAUAAAUCAAUUUUAUAAGGACAUAAAUAAAUAAAUAUUAUAGGGACAUUCUUACACAAAUUGACUAAGUCCCACGGUAAGCUCAAGAAGGCUUGUGCUGUGGGCAUCAGACAACGAUAUAUAUAAUAUAAAAAUACCUAAAUAUUAGGUCAUUACCUAUGAAAUUGGCGUUUUGUAUGGAGAACUUAAAGAAAUUCUAUUUUUCAUACAAUCAAAUUUGCGAAUUGUUUUGUGAUGGCAUUUUCAAACCAAACAAAUUUUUGCCAGUAUCUGAGACAUUUUUAAGGCACAUUUUCUAUCUCAUAUAUUUUUUUAAAUCUGUCCCGUCAGAAAAAUAUAAGUCAUUUAAAUACUCGAUCCGGCAGCACAUGAAAAGAGCUGUUUUCAGGGCGGUAUUCUGAAUACAUAAAACAAUAAAAGUAGCAAAUGAUUGUAUGUAAAAUCGUUGUUAUGUAGCGCACUAAUGGAAUUAAAAAAUACUUAGAAGUUACUAUUAAAAUAAAUAAACUAUGACAUGACUAAUACUUAUGAACAAAAACGCCAAUUUCAUAGGUAAUGACCGAAUACAUAGAAAAAAAUCCAUGACUGAUAAACAAAUAUCUGUGCUCAUCACAAAUAAAUGCCCUUACCGGGAUUCUAAUUUUCUGUACAAAACAUUCUGCCGAUUUUUGCGGGGUUGGGCACGUCAAAUGUAUGACUAUUUGUACGUUAUGUACAAAUAUAUUAAAAUUUUCGGUUUCCUAGUAGAUAUUUUAGAUUAAAUAAGUAUAUGUUAUGAUAUGAUCAGUAAUAAAAAGUAUUUUUAGGGUUCCGUAGCCAAAUGGCAAAAAACGGAACCCUUAUAGAUUCGUCAUGUCCGUCUGUCUGUCCGAUUCUGUCACAGCCACUUUUUAGUUUUUAAUGUAGGGACUAGCCGUUAAACAGCGAAAUGGCAUGACAUAUCGCUCGAUUUGACAUUUCUGAAGCAAAGAGAAUUUGAAAUAGAGAUGGAUUGUCAAAGAAAACUUUUUAGCCACAGUAAAUUUACUGCCAUCUUUCGACACAUGAUUAAAGCCAUCGCUCGAAACGAUGCCGCUAUACCUUUGAUCUAUUAGAGUGCGCCACUUUUGAUAUUUAACAAAUUUAACACAUAUCAGUGAAAGAAUAAGGAUCAAAGUCGAGUGGCGUUCUAAAAGUUUUAAUUAUGUGUCGAAAGAUGUUAGUAAAUUUACUGGGGCUACAAAGUUUUCUUUGACAAUCCACCUCUAUUUCAAAUUCUCUUUGAUGAGAGAUUGUUAAAAAAAAUAUUGCGGCUUAAUUUAGAUCAAACUUAGAAACGAAUACCAAACUGUUGAUUGACAUUGUUGUAUAUUUUAAAUAGAAUUAAGUGGUAUUUGUAUUUAUUUAUGUGUUGCGAUAAUAUUAAGAAAAUAAAAAAAAGCGCUGGUGGCCUAGCGGUAAGAGCGUGCGACUUUCAAUCCGGAAGUCACGGCUUCAAACCCCGGCUCGCACCAAUGAGUUUUUAGGAACUUAUGUACGAAAUAUUAUUGAUAUUUACCAGUCGCUUUUCGGUGAAGGAAAACAUCGUGAGGAAACCGGACUAAUCCCAAUAAGGCCUAGUUUACCCUCUGGGUUGGAAGGUUAGAUGGCAGUCGCUUUCGUAAAAACUAGUGCCUACGCCAAUCUUGGGGAUUAGUUGUCAAGCGGACCCCAGGCUCCCAAGAGCCGUGGCAAAAAUGCCGGGACAACGCGAGGAAGAUGCAUAAUAAUAUUAAUAAAAUAAUAAAACUUU